CCAAAUAAUAACGAGAGAGGGGGAUGCCUUCGUCGCACUAACAUGGCAAAAUACGCAUCUGAAAUUGCACGCAUCUGAAACGCAUCUGAAAUUGCUUCGCCUGCAUGGAAAUGGCGGGACGUAUGGCUACAUUUUGAGUUAUGGUCCACCUUUCAUGGGUCCCACCAGCCACCAUGUACCAUUCUUCCCCGUCGCUGUCUCUUGGAUCGAGUGGUCGAGUUUCUCUAGCACUUUCCCCUGUUGCUUCAUAAAGGCAGUAAUUUCGUGAUUUAAACAAGAAAAUUUCGUGAUUUAAUGCAUCGAGUCCAGACUCGAGAUUUCCUUCGCUUUCAGCAAUUUUUCUCUGUGGUCUCCGGUCUCCUCACCUAGUUGACUGACUCAAGCGCGGGGUCGAAUUCGAAACAUUCUUCCACCGUCGAUUCCUUCGUUCGAAUACGAACAGUCUUUUAGUUCCUUAAACCUCUCUUUUCUUCAAUUCAUACCCUUCGUCCUUGCCCCCUUUCUCUUCCAAAAUACUCCUUUAUUUUUCUCAAUAUCAUAAAAAUCUUCUCCCCAAGUCCUAUUUCUGAUUUUCAAUGAUUUAGGGUUUAGGGUUUUUGGUUUUCUUUAAUGCACAGGGGUUUGGAGGUACCAUGACCGAAAAGAAGAAGAAAAAGAAGAAAGGUUCCAUCAGCGAAGAGGAUAUCUCCGUGCUUUUACAAAGGUAUACGGCAACAACAAUACUUGCUUUACUUCAGGAAGUUGCUCAGUUUGCUGACACCAAGAUCGAUUGGGAUGCAUUGGUCAAGAAGACCACGACGGGGAUUUCUAAUGCGCGGGAGUAUCAGAUGCUCUGGCGGCAUUUGGCCUACCGUCACCCAAUGGCAGAAAAAAUAGAAGAUGGAGCUGAACCAUUGGAUGAUGAUAGUGAUUUAGAACUUGAAUUAGAAGCAUUCCCUCCUGUUGGCAGUGAAGCCUCAACAGAAGCUGCAGCCUGUGUGAAGGUACUCAUUGCUUCCGGUUUGCCAAGUGAUUCUGGUCUUCUCAACCACUCAACUGUAGAGGCUCCAUUGACCAUAAAUAUACCCAAUGGUCAGGCAUUUCGUACUCCAUCAGAGAAACAACUGGCUUCUUCUUCACAAGGGACAAACAUUACUAUUCCAGUUUCAGUCCAGAAACAACCUUUGCCAACAACAACAUCUGUAGAGGGAUUGGAUGGAGGUGGAUCUACAAGUGGUGGGCUGCCUGCACGAAGGAAAAGGAAACUAUGGACUGCAGAGGAGGAUAUGGAACUGAUUGCUGCUGUGCAGAAAUUUGGGGAAGGGAAUUGGUCAAACAUCCUCAAAGGAGACUACAAGGGUGACAGAACUGCUUCACAGCUAUCUCAGAGGUGGGCUAUCAUAAGGAAGCGCCAGGCCAACUUAAAUCUGGGAGGAGUUGGCAACUCAACGAGUACACAACUCUCUGAGGCACAGUUGGCUGCUCGUCGGGCUGUUUCCCUAGCUCUCGAUGGCAUUUCGGCUGCUUGCUCAACUGCUGCAACACUUUCAACCCUCCCAUCCACUUCCUCUACACAACCUGCAACCCCAAUAGAAGCUUCACUCACUUCAACUACACCGUCUGAAUCCAGCAUAAAGCCUGCAGUUGGUAGUAGUUUCUCCCAGGUGCAUCAAUCUCAACAGUCUGCCAACCAGACAGUGGCAGCGUCUCGGACAGCAACAUCAAAUGCAGCACCAAGAUCUCGGGCAACCACAAAGAAAUCAUCAACUCCUGUCAAAUCAACGUUGGGUCCAAACCCUAUGGUACAAGCUGCAGCAGUUGCUGCUGGGGCUCGCAUUGCCAACCCUUCAACUGCUGCCUCACUACUUAAAGCUGCUCAGUCAAAGAAUGCUGUUCAUAUUAGACCUGGAGGAGGUUCUUUGAUGAAAGCAUCAGUUGGAGGUAAUACAAAACCAUUGACUACUAGCCAUGCAGGGCCUCAUCCUAAUGUGCACUAUAUUUGUACUGGCCUUGCAUCACCACAGCCGCCAACCUAUUCCGGAAUGAUGCAAAGUGCCCCUCGUCCUGGUGGUACUCAACAAGCAUUUGGCAAUUCUGUGAGAUCUGCAGUAGUCACAGGUCAACCUCCUCCGGUCAGUCUUACCACCUCAUCAAAUUUAUCAGCCCAACAGACAUCGGUGUCUUCUUUAGGUGUGACUCCAUGUGGUGCUGAUGAGGGAAAGAUCUCAAAUGGUGCUGGACUCAUGCCCAGGGAAGAGUUAAAGUCUGGGGAAGAGACGAAAGCAUUUGGCUCUGCCAAUGUGCCCAAGGAACCCGUUCAAUAUGAUGAAGCAGCUCUACCAAAGUUGGAGGCGAAACGUGAAAAUGAAACAUCAGUGGUUGAAAAUGAGGGGGAUUCAACAAAAAUGGAGGCAGGUGGGAAUGGACGAACAGCUGUUGUCAACACCCAGAAUGAUGAGAGCCAAAAUUCUAGUGAAAAGAUGGUAUGCUCAGCAGUGGUGGGAGGACCCGACAGUCGAUCAAUGGAUGAUACGAGUGGUGAGAAGCAGAGUGUCCAUGAGAAACAGAUAAAUACGAAGAGUGUGACGACAAUUGAGGAUAGUAAAGAGCAGACUGAUAUAAGCCCAGAGAUGGUAGGCCAUAAGCCAUCCGAUGAGAAGUAUCCAAUUAGCCAUAGGGCGAGGGUGUGAGGGAAUCAUGUUGAGAAGUUAGGAAUGGUGUACGCGUUGAUGUUUAAGAUUAGGGUGGUUGAAACGAAUCAUAGUUUGGAAAAUAUAAUUAUAGUUCAAUUCAAUUUCCUUGUUUGCAUUAUUGUC